AUGGUCAAAGCAGAUCCGAAGCAGGACUAUUAUGCGGAUCUCGGUCUUCCUCCGACAGCUGAGCACGAAGAGAUCAAGAAGCAGUUCCGCCUACUAGCUAAGCAGUACCAUCCUGAUCGCAAUCCAGGCCACGAGGUCGAGUUUGUGGCCAAAUUCCAGGCCGUUCAAGCCGCCCAUGAGAUCUUGAGCGACCCGUCAGAAAAGACCAAGUACGAUCUUGCCAGAGCCCGACACGCGCGCACCGCAGCCCCUCCCCCGCCUCGGGCAAAUGACGACCCAUAUAACUUUCGGAAACCUGCCAGGACGUCUACCGCCCCGUUCCCUCCCCCACCUCCACCACCACCCGCACCAAAGCCUAAGCACCGACAGUACCCGCAGCCUCAAGAAGCCGCUGCUUCGGCUGGGGCGGCCAAAUUCAAUCCCUUCACUCGUGCAGGCAACAAUCAGACAUGGGACCGUCAGAGGUUCGAAGAAGCGGCGAGGGCAGAAGCCGCGCGAGGCUUGUCGGGGAUGCGAGCCGGUCAGCAGACACCCGAAAUGCCGCCUCGACCUCCUCGACCUCACCCAACAGCCCCUCGACCUGCCUCAUCAGAAAUACCCAGUGGCGUCAACCCUGGCUUCCCUGGAAUGGCCCGAACAGCAAGCAAUCGGAGGAAUGCCUACCCUGAUGAAGUUCCCCAUGUACCUCGCUCUGCAUACUCGCACGUGCGCGCCUCAAGACCUCCGACAAACCAGACACCGGCCGAUCACUGGAGUGCUCAGCCACAACCAAAAACUCGUUCUUCAGCCAGCCCCCUGCGCCAUACAAAGUCAUCCGAACCAGCAGGCCAACCGCAAAGACCUGGCCUCUUUGAGCGAGCACAAUCAAGAUACGCCUCGACAGCUGGUGAGCGGACUGAGCUCAACCCUGGCCUUAGCCGCUCAUCUAGUGUUCGCAACUCUCCUGUAGAACCGAAAUGGGAAGACCGCGAUGCGGGUCCGUUUGGUGCCCGUCGAGUGAACCCGCAGCCGACUCGCCAUCGGAGUGCCAGUCCUAAGGUGAGAACAGCUGGCAGCACUGCAGACUUCUCCUCAUCUGAAUCGUCCGAGGAUGAGGUUAUCCAUAUGGCUUCGAGGAAGAAGGCACAACCGCGCCCACCCAAGCCCCGGGUUGCUACAGACGACGGAUUUGAUACACAAGCCUCGUUCAAGAACUACACCCGCGUUGUUCCUGGCGAAGCGACGGCGAACAGUGCGAAUGGCUAUGUCUAUCCUGCGCCCGGGCAGAAGCAGCCCACCAGAACUCCGUUUCCGAACGUCACAUCUCCAGAUGAUAUCCCAUCGGACAGGACGCCUUUCAGGUAUGAAAUCUUGCGCACUUCCCCCAAUGGACCCCGUAUCAAUGGCUUCCCUGCCUGGGCUGUGCCUUCAAGUGUACACAUAACAAAUACUGACUUUAGAAGUAAUUCGUCCCCCAAACCUGAUCCGGUCUUUCGCGAAGCGAAUUUCAAGCACCAGGAUUGGGCAGAUAGGCUGCGCAGUACGGGAGGCAGCACGUCGCCAAGCAAAAAGAACGCACGGCCGAGAGCAAGGACAGGUCCUUCGGCAACGAACUCGGCCGACCAGGAUGUUGAAAUGGGCGAUGCUACGCCGCCUAGCCACCGAGGUGAAACCAAUGGAGUAGGCGUAGAUAAUCUGAACGACUUGAAGGAGGCUGGACCCUUUGGUACUUCUGGGUUGAAUGGGGUGGAUGAUCUCAAGAACAACCUGCCCUUUGAAUCCAAGCCGGCAAAGGAUGUUAACGUCGACCCCGCCCCUCGUGUCAAACUCACCGCGGAUCAUCUUCCUCGGCCACCGAGACCGGUCCACGCACCGCCAGAGGACUCGCUGACACAGGAAGCUUGGUCGGAAUACUGCAAGAAGAUGCGCGCCUAUAUGGUUGAAUGGAGGUCGUUCCAACGGACGAUGACUGAGCACUUUCGAGCGCGACAAGAUCAAUAUGAGAGCUGUAUGCAUGACGACUGGAUCAGUAUGCGCGCAGACGGUCCGCAGAACGAUCCCGGUCCUGGGAGAGGUGGUUAUGGAACCUACAUGGCCAUGUUGAAAGACGAUGAAGUGUGUCAUGCUUGGUGGGAACAGGCAUUUGAGAACCACGACACUUGUAUGCGCGAACUGGGCCGCUUGAGAAACGUGGUCAAAGGUAUUGAUGGGAGCGAUGUCUCUUCGAAUCAGUCAGGGUGA